UGACCCGUCAUCGAGACGAUCUACUUCGUCAUUUCCGGUCACAGGCAAAAUGAUUACCAUGGUAUAUCAUAGUAUCAUCCUUAAUUUGGGAAGGUUAGAGUAAAGUAUAUAUACUCGGAUGCAUUAAACUACGGAGCAUACAAUUGAUAUUUCCCAGACAUACACCAAACACUGGUACAGUUCCAUAUACAAACGUCACAAUGAAAGGACUUGUUCUGGUGUCAAUUCUUGCCAUCGCAUCAGCGCUCGAUGUAAGUAAGGAGUGUGAGGAUAUGACCGGUGUCGGGUGGAAAGAAGACCCUGCAGAUUGUUCCGUUUUUUAUUUGUGUUACAACGGACGGAGAACUAAAUACGUUUGUCCUGAAAACAUGGUUACAGACCCUGACAGUGAAGCAUGUGUUCCCAGAGGAUCGCCCUUCGACAAGUGCUCCAAACAAAACAUGCCAGUUCUCCCAUGUAACGCGGCUUUGCAGGAGUCCUGUGCCAAAUACACGAACUGCCCAGUUCCGAGGGAAAUGGGGAUGCCCUUCAUACCGGAAGUACAAGAGUGUCCCUACCCUCUACUGUACGACGAGGACAGUAAGCGCUGUGCUUACCCGGACACCGUCAAAUGUGGGGACAGGAUCGAACCCAAGGAUCCAUGUGAUUACAUGGCUAACCAGUGUGACGGUCCUAACUGUGUGCCGUGUAGCGUCCGUCACCCUAGCUGUACCGGACGACCAGACGGACUUAACGUGUGGGCCGGUAGAGAGAAGACCCCUUACUUUGUUGUCUGUCGAGGCGAGCGUGUGGUAUACCAGGGUCUGUGUCCUCAUGGGGAUAAGGGGCGAUUAUUCGACCCUGAAAUAUCAGGAUGUGUGGAUAUAUAGAUUGAAAUAUUUAAUAAAUAUAUGUACAUAUAUAGAUGUUUUUCGAUGAGAUUAUACUGAAGUGUGCCAUUCAUUAUAUUCUUUUGAGAUUACAACUUAU